AUGACUCCUUUUGACGUUUUGAUUCGUUUUAUGCCUAAAUCUCCUUCCAGAGCGCUGAAUAUUGGUGAACUGGACGACGGAAAAGUUCAACAAGCCUUACCUCCAACCCUCCUUUCUCAGGAGAAUGAGAUUUCUCAUUUUACACGAUUAUGCAAUGAAACAUGUGCUCAAAUACUAAAGCUCUUGAGUCAAGGGCUCGAGAUACCAGAAAACUUUUUCACUAGCCGCCAUGAUCCAUCAAAAGGCUCAACGGGAAACUCGCUUCGGCUACUCUACUACCCAUCCGAUGUUUCGUCAUUCAGACCGGAGAAGGACAUUCGUGCUGGUGCCCAUUCUGACUACGGCAUGUCCUGGACAACCGGGCCUAGAGAUCUUAACGCCGGACCAAACAUGGGCCCCGGUCCCGUGUACCCAGGCGACUUGGUUAAAUAUCCAUUUCCACCAAUAUUAGUCAACAUCGGCGAUAUGUUGAGUUACUGGACGGAUGGGUUGCUCAAAUCAACUAUUCACCGCGUUGUAUUCCCUCGCGAGAUACCGGAGAGCUCAGAAUCGGGACCGCGGGAUCGUUACAGCAUAGCCUUUUUCUGUCAGCCCGUUGGCAGCACAGAGCUAGUUCCAGUUCCUAGCAAGCUUGUGGAGAACUACCGAGAAGGCCAAAACAAGGACCCCAAUAAAAGCUUCAUCGUUGGUUACGGAGGCGGGGCAAACAGUCUAGAUUCCGACCAGCCUCGGAUGACAGCCGGUGAACACCUACAAUCUAGAUUGAAUGCAACAUAUCUCAAGAGUAUCUGA